CCUGGGCGAGCGGGCGCCGUACGCGUGUCCCGCGACCGGGCUGCUAAUAAAGUUGCGGCGAGGGGGAAGCGCAGCCGCGGCGCGGGGAGAGCGCGCCCAGCCGGCUCGUGAGACUUGAACCAAUGAAAGGAACAUAUGGCACUUGUGGAGAGAAAUGUCACUCUUCCCCGCUUAGGGGGAGCUUCGGCUUAGGACCUGUAUAUGACUUUCACCCACGAUCUGUUCUUGAGUAGCCACUGACUUUGAUUACAGGAAGGUCUCUGAAGAUUUGUAUCAAAUGACGUCAAUGGCCAGCUUGUUUUCUUUUACUAGUCCAGCGGUAAAGCGAUUGUUGGGCUGGAAACAAGGUGAUGAGGAGGAGAAAUGGGCAGAAAAGGCAGUUGAUGCUUUGGUGAAAAAGCUAAAAAAGAAAAAGGGUGCCAUGGAGGAACUGGAGAAAGCCUUGAGCAGCCCAGGACAGCCAAGCAAAUGUGUCACUAUUCCCAGAUCUUUGGAUGGACGCCUGCAGGUUUCUCACAGAAAAGGCUUACCCCACGUUAUAUAUUGCCGUGUUUGGCGCUGGCCUGAUUUGCAGAGUCAUCAUGAGCUAAAGCCAUUGGAUAUUUGUGAAUUUCCUUUUGGAUCCAAGCAAAAAGAAGUUUGUAUCAACCCAUACCACUAUAAAAGAGUGGAGAGUCCAGUCUUACCUCCAGUAUUAGUGCCUCGUCAUAAUGAGUUCAAUCCACAACACAGCCUUCUGGUUCAGUUUCGGAACUUGAGCCAUAAUGAACCACACAUGCCGCAGAAUGCCACGUUUCCAGAUUCUUUCCACCAGCCCAACAACACUCCUUUCCCCUUAUCUCCAAACAGCCCCUAUCCGCCUUCCCCUGCUAGCAGCACGUAUCCCAAUUCCCCGGCAAGUUCUGGACCAGGAAGUCCCUUUCAGCUCCCAGCUGAUACACCCCCUCCUGCUUAUAUGCCCCCUGAUGAUCAGAUGGGUCAAGAUAAUUCACAGCCGAUGGAUACAAGCAAUAAUAUGAUUCCUCAGAUUAUGCCCAGUAUAUCCAGCAGAGAUGUUCAGCCUGUUGCUUAUGAGGAACCCAAACAUUGGUGUUCAAUUGUCUACUAUGAGUUAAACAAUCGUGUUGGGGAAGCUUUUCAUGCAUCUUCUACUAGUGUGUUAGUAGAUGGAUUCACAGACCCUUCCAAUAACAAAAGUAGAUUCUGCUUGGGGUUGUUGUCAAAUGUGAAUCGUAAUUCGACAAUUGAAAACACCAGGCGACACAUUGGAAAAGGAGUUCACCUGUACUAUGUUGGUGGAGAGGUGUAUGCGGAAUGUCUCAGUGACAGCAGCAUAUUUGUACAGAGUAGGAACUGCAACUUUCAUCACGGCUUUCAUCCCACCACUGUCUGUAAGAUUCCUAGCAGCUGCAGCCUCAAAAUUUUUAACAAUCAAGAGUUUGCUCAGCUUCUGGCCCAGUCUGUCAAUCAUGGGUUUGAGGCAGUGUAUGAGCUCACCAAAAUGUGCACCAUUCGAAUGAGUUUCGUCAAGGGCUGGGGAGCAGAAUAUCACCGGCAGGAUGUGACCAGUACCCCAUGUUGGAUUGAGAUUCACCUUCAUGGGCCUCUUCAGUGGCUGGAUAAAGUCCUUACUCAGAUGGGUUCCCCUCUUAACCCCAUAUCUUCUGUUUCAUAGUGCAGAAGUAUUCUUUUCAAUUACAUUAUUAGUGGACUUGUUUUAAUUUUAGAGAAACUUUCAGUACAGAUACUGUGAGCUUACAUGGAAAACAGAUAUUACAGCUUAUUUUUUUCUACAUAAUUGUGACCAAUACAUUUGUAUUUUGUGAUGAAUCUACAUUUGUUUGUAUUCAUGUUCCCGUGAUGAACUCUCAGAGGUAUUGUGAAAGAUGCAGAGUAUUGUGCCCCAGGUCAGAAGUUUGCAUUGAUGCUAAACUGGAACAUGCUUUUGCUUUCUCGUCUCAACAAUUUUUUGUUAGUUAAAUAUAUAAGAAGAAUCACAAGGUGAAACACGAAAUAGGGUAUAAUGAAAACUAAGUCUUUCCUCCCACUGUUUAUGUUCCUGAAACUGCUUUUAUCACCGUUUUUGUCCCAUCAGCUUUAAAAAAGUAGGGUUCAUUGUUUUGCAAAAGCAAAAGAUAGGGGCUUAAAAAGAACUAUAAGAACACGGUGUUUGAUUUGAAGGAACACUGUGUGCGUCUCAACAGGCAGUGCUCACUGAAAGCAGAGUGAUAGUUUUCUAGAUGACAUCGUAAAAUUUACCUUUAAUAUAGCUAAAUGUUUGUCAGUGUAAUGUAACUUUAUGCUAUAUACCUUUUGUAAAACAUUUCCUUUUUAAAAAUAAUAUUGCAAAUAACUGAUCUCCAGUAUAUGUCAUUUACUCAUAAUCUGUCAUAAGUACUACUUUAUAGCCAGUGACAGUGCAUGCAUGGCCUCGUUCAGCUGUGUUUGCUGCUUUUGGCCAAUGUUGCAAAAACUCUAAUUUUUACAUGCAUUAAUCUUUCAUUUUGCACUUUGAUGGGUGGCAGUUCUUAGUGUAAUCUUUGGUAAAACACACUCAAGUGACUUGGACUUAGAUGCUUAGCCUUACUUCUGUGGUUACCUCUUUUGUAUUAAUAAACACUGCAACUUUUAGACUACAGUUGUAGGAAGUUAGGCUUUUUCUUUCUUUUUUUUUUUUUUUUAAUUUUCUUGUUAUUUUCAACCUUGGUUAUAAGACUGUUAUUCUGUAGCUCCAACUUCAGGUGCCUUUUUAAUUCUCUGUGAUUUUAUGGGUGUUAUUAAUGCUGGAAAAUCACACACUUAAUGCCAUUGCUCUUCUGUCAGCUCAUGUGGGAACCUGUGCACUCUAGCCGUGGGAACCCUUCAACGUGGACCUCAAGAAUGAGGCUUCUGAUCAGGUGCUCACAUGAAUCAGCAGCGAGUGUUGGCAUAGCUGAUUUUUAGAAUAUUCAUGUAACAGAUUGUAGACGGUUCUCUCACCAUCAGUACUGUGUCAGCUUCCAUUUUUUAGUACCUGUUGGAUGCUAGACUCCCAAAGUACUAUCUUCAAAGAGGAAAAACAUGAAAACUCUAAAAUGUUAAGCAAAAGCUUUUAACACUUUUUCUAGGGAGCUGUUAAAUGGACAGUUAGUAUGGCAAUAGAAUGAAGACAUUAUUUUGGGAAAAAAGAUAACCUAAUUUACCCAACGCAAGAAGUUUUGUUUUCUGGUGCCUUUUGAAAGUGUAUGGAGCCAUGUUGUCAUUCUGUUUAAACUGUUAGUUUGGUUUAACUUUCUACUUUUACUAUUUCUGCUUUUAUGGAAAAAAAAAGUACGUCUUUUAAGGAAAGGAUUAUGUGAUUUCUUUUGUCUCCUGUGCCAUUAUUUAUUGUUUUUCUAAGUGCAGCCCAUGGGUGGUUUGCGUUUUUUUCAGUUGAAGAGCCCUUUGUGUCCCAGCUCACCACCAUUCUUGCUGGGUGACAGGACCACUUUGUGACAGUAACCUGAGCCUUAGCACAAGUGUCACAAGACAUGCGUCCUCAGUCUCCCAGAGCAGUGGCAGCCACAUUGGAGAGCCAUUUGCUUUGUGUUUUCAUCAUUCUCUCACCCGUCAGGUGCAUGGCACAAUCUUUGGAACAAAUUUGUGGGAAAAAAAAUCAUUCAAGUUGAAUGACAGAUACAUGGAAACAACUUCAGCAGGUUCCCAUGGUAAACUAGGAGAAUCUGUUGCAUAGUUUUACUGAUGUUUUCAAAUGGGAGCUAAUUAAACAUUGUUUUUAUUUGUGACCAUAAUGUCAUAGCUUUUGGAGUUAGCAGGAUUUUGUGUGACUGGCCUCAUAGAAGACAGUGUUGAAGCUGUUAGCUCUCAAGGGUUUCAUGGAAAAGGGUAUACUUCCUGUAGUUAUUCAAAGUUGUCAGCCCCACACCUGUGGAUUUUAAAUGAGAAGUCUAUUUACUCCAGCUGCUUUACAGUCACUAAGAAUGCCCAUGUGUCUGUGAAUGGGAAGUAACACUUGCUAGGGAAAAAAAAAGUGAAAUCCUGGCAAACAGCAUUUGUGGAAAUUACAGGUAGCUUUUUUUUGUUGUUGUUAUUUAGAUUUAUUUGUCCAAAAGUCACAGUGACCGGAGGGAGGAGAGGCAGAGAGAGACGUUCCACCCAUUGGCUCACUCCCUGAAUGCCUAAAACAGCUGGGGCUUGACCAGGCCAAAGGUAGGAACCAGGAACUCCUGCAUAUCUCACCUGGGUAGCAGGGUCCCCGGUGCUUGGGCCAUCAUCUGCUGCUUCCCAGGCACAUUAGCAGGGAGGUGAAUUGGAAGCAGAGUACCUGGGACUGGAACCCGGCACUUUGAUAAGAGAUGUAGGCAUCCCAAGUAGCAGCUUAACCCACUGUGCCACAGCACCUACUCCAAGAAAAUCACAGUUUUAAGGUUUUAUUUAAUCUACAGGAUGGUUAAUAGUUAGUCAAGUUUAUGAAAACAUCAGCACUACAAUAAUCACUAUUUAUACAAGCAUAUACCAACUGAAAAGACCGAAUAUGGAAAUAACAGAGUUACAACCAAUUUGGUAAAUACAGAAAGCAAAGUAGAAUCAAAUUAAUCUUAGUGAUGAAUUAAAGCAACAGGAAAAUAUUAAUUGCAUAAAAGCAGGAUAUAAAAGGUGCAUUUGACGGUCAUCUGUACAUAAUGGAAUGUUACGGCCUGGUUGUUAUUGCCUGGGUAAAAUUAUGGAAUGUAAACUAGUAGUCAUGUUAUUAAUCUACUGAGACUAACAUUAUUUUAGAGACAUUUUAAGGAAAACAAUGUCAGCUGUAAGCAUCAAUAUGAAUCAUUUUUCACAUUUUACUGCUGCUGUGUAAGACAACUGUGGUAGUAGAAUUGGCUGGGUUCCUGAGGUGAAAUCUGGAGUACUUUUACUAACUCAGUAAUUCAGCGGGCCACACCCAGUAAUACAGAAAGACACAGCCAUUUUACCCUUUUUGUAACUUUUGAAAGCAAGACACCCUUUUGGGAUGUAGAGUGAUUGCUAAGUAUUCAGGUCUGAAACCUGCUGUCAAGAUGAGAACCCAGGCCUGUGUUACAAACCUUUCGUAUAACCCGAGGGGACCCAGGGAACAGUUCCCUGCCCUGUAAUAGUUCUCUGUUGGAGGAGAACGUUUACACAGGAAAUGAAAUCACACCAGUGGAGAAACUCCAGAACCUGUGCUGGUGCCUCUCACAGCACUGUGCUUGGGUUACAGAGAGCAUCUGGUUUACCAGUACAGUGGCAUUUCUUGAUGCUUUUUCUCAUCAUUUGCUUAAUAGUACUUAGGAUCAUUAUCACCUUUCCCACUUAAAACACAUUAAUAUCCUUCUUUCCAAGGAAAACAGAAUCUUGAUAAAUUAUUAGUGAAUUCAGCUCCCAGUGAAGACUUCGAUUUUGGACCCGUUAACUUUUAACUGGGUCGGAGCCCUUCCUUGUCUUAUUAAAUCCUCACGUAAUCUCCCAAGUAUGAAUAUGAACAUGUGUCCUGUUACGCCCAUCAGCUAGACAAGCAAGUAUCCUUGAAGGUAGUAGGGACCUGUUGGUUUUAGAUGUGCUUGAUGAUUGUUAUGGAAGUUUUCCUAAAUGGUGAUUGAUGGGUGGUCUUAGCAUAAGCCAGGACAGCUUUUUGGAGGUUUGAUGCCUGUUCCCCAGGGCAAGCAGCAUGUUUCUCAUUGAUAAUAGGUGAGAUUCUCAGGAAUUUUCUUAUUGUGAAGGAGGUAUGAAUGAACAAUGAGAAUUCAAGGCAUUUCUUCUGCGUAAACAAAGAUGCCAAACAGAAACCUCUGCAGUUCUGUGGAAUUGAGUGGAACGCAGCUCAGUGGGUGCUGGUUACAGGAGUAACAGUGUUUAUCAGCAGCUCAGUGGGUGCUGGUUACAGGAGUAACAGUGUUUAUCAGCAGCUCGGUGGGUGCUGGUUACAGGAGUAACAGUGUUUAUCAAGCCUGCCACAUUGGAUCACUUGUUUCCCAAAGUACUGCUGUCCUGUAAACUAAGUGACAUCCUGCAGUUGGGUGGUUCACCAAAACCAGUGGAAGUGAGUUCACACUCUGACGGGUUUGUUGUUUUUUUAAAUGAGAAAAUGUAUGCUAUGCUAUUUGCCAGGAGCAGCUGAUGUAACACAAGUGAUGAGUUACUUUGUUCAAAAGAUCCAGUUGUAGACGGGGAUGGAUUGGUCAUUCAUGGCAGGGUGAGAAAGGUUUGUGUCAUUCUUGUCUAAAUAACUCACUUCCUAAAAUUCUUAGAAUCGUCGUAAGCCAUUAUACAAUACGAAUUUACUUGAAGUUACCUUUAAAAGUUUGGAAUUUUGUGUACAGGUAGUUUUUCCCCUUCAUGAAUGAAUAGGUAGUGUCUUGAUUACUAGCAGGUGUGAGCUGUAACAAAACUCCAGUGAGGCCAAAGAAUCCCAAAUCUUUGUAACAGAAAUCUUUUAGUGCCAGGUUGUUGCCUUUUAUUACCACUGAAGAUGAUACUGCUUUGAUUUGUUCCUAAAAUAACUCUAGGGACUCUAGAAGGGGCUGGUUCAGCAAGUGAUUUUCUUUUUAACCUGUGUGGUUAAAGUUGCAUUUUGAAAUCACUGAAAUUGGGUAAAAUUGUCAGGAAAAUGGGAUGAAUGUGUGCAACAGCUGACUUUCUCCCAGAAAGGUGUUUCACAUGCAGAUGAUAAAGACCAAACCAACGGCUGCGCUGCAGGUCUGCUCUUCUCAUUUGUGCUUGUCCGUUUCUGUUGAUAUUGAGAAAAUGAAAUUUUGGCAACUUGCUUCGACUGUUCUUUUUGAUACUUACAAAUGUGUACUAGGUUUUACUAUAUUGUGCUUUUCAAAGCCAUAACUCUUAAAAAAUUUGUUUUUGCAAUUGUUUGCUAAUACUUUAUUUUAAUAAACCUCAAAACCUG